AUGACGAUGCCCAUUGGAGCUGUGUUCGAAACGAAUCUCACACUUUCGUUUACCAGUAAACGUACGUUUGCAUGUCCACACGCUUCAUCGUCUCUGCGAAGUGGCCAUUCCACCGCCGAUUUAUUGCCACAAAACAUUGAUAUCAUUGCUGCAAUGGGCGAUUCUAUUGCGUAUGUGUUUGCGAAUGAUUAUCUCUUUAUCCUCAUUAAUAAUGUAUUGCAGGCUGGAAAAGGUUUAUGGCUUAAUUCUGAAAUUGAGAUGCGCGGCGCGGCAUUCCCAAUCGGUGGUGAUACUGAUAUUGAUGAAAUUAUUAGCAUUCCCAAUGUAUUACGACAAUUCAACAGUAAGCUGGAGGGGCAAUCGCAUGGCAUGGGAACGAUUGAGCAAUUACCACAGUCACAGAUGAAUUGCGCGAGGAGUGGCGCCCAGAGUGUGGAUAUGCUUGAGCAGGUGAGCGAUUGUCAAUCACUGGCCACUGCAAAGGAAUUAGUCCGUCGUCUGCAAUUUCAUUAUGGACCAAGGGCAAUAAGGAGCAAAUGGCUACUGAUAAUAAUCACUGUUGGCACCGAUCAGUCUUCAGCCUCGAUAAAAGAGCUUCUGUACAGUUGGAAAGAUGUUUUUUGCAAAUUGGAAAAUCUGUUCAACAGAAAAGAAAAGCCCACUUUCGCUCUCAUAGCAUUACCUUUUGUGGUGAUGCCUGAUGGCGACGAUCCGAAUAGUUUUCUCAUCCAGAAACAUUUGCUGCUCAACAGGUACUUUAUUAUUAUUCAUUCUCUGAUCAGCCAUAAUUUACAGUCUCAUUCAUUCUCCAUCUACUCAACUGGCUAA